AUGGAAGACGUGGAGUGUUUGCAGCCUCAGGAGAAAGAGGAAAACUUUAGGGAAAUUCGAGAUGAAAUCGAAGCGUUGAAAGCGAUAUACAACAACAACGAAGAAGAAGAAGAAGAAGUUAAAGAAGAUGAAAAGAAGGUCGUCGUUAUUAGUCGAGAAGAUUUUGGAAAAGAAAACGAGUCGUUUACGUCGUCUGAAUCGUUUUCAGAGAAGAAGAUUGCGGUGACGUUCUCACCCACAAAUCGAAUGAUUUUGACCUUCGAUGGCAACUCGUAUCCUUCGCGAAAAGCGUUCUCGAUCGAUGUGUUAAAAACGCCGGAUAACUUUUCGUGGGACUUUGAAAAAAUGGUCACAGAGAUGAAAGACGAUUUAUACCUGUCAAAGAAAGGCGAAGUGUUCGCGUUUGAUUUCAUACAGAAGUACGAAGAAAUGUUCGCGCGAGAAGACGCGCUAGCGAAGAAACGAGAGGCGAAGGAAAAAGAAGAGAACGAAAGGUACGCCAGAGAACGCAGGGAGAAACAGAAGAAUAUGAGCGAAGAGGAGAGGAAAACGAAAGAGGCGAUAUUUAAUAACGAUCAUUUGGUGAGUUGGAAACACGAGGGUGAUCCGAACGUCACGCCGUUGUUAGAAACCGAGCUGGCGGAUGACGUUCGGAAGCGCUUCAAAUCUCACGAAAUCGUGUGUUACGAAAAAUGCAGAUUCCAAGCGCACACGGUAACAAACGUCCAAACGAUCAAAGAAAUCAAAAUAGCGUUAAAGCUCAUCUUACUGGACAAAAAAGUCCAAACUGCCACGCAUCCGAGAAUGUUCGCGUAUCGAAUACCAAACGACGACGAUUUCAACGACGACGGUGAAACCGGCGCCGGGAAGAACUUGGCCAACGUUUUGCGUUUGCGAGGGAGCGAGUGCGUCUUCGUCUGCGUGACGAGAUGGUUCGGUGGGUCGCACUUAGGACCGCAAAGGUUCAAAGUCAUAAACUCGUGCGCGAGCGAAGCUUUGGAGAAGGUUGGCGCGAUAGGGUUCCAGAAAAAGUAG